AUGAGCAUCUCGGGACCGCUGUACCGUCGCACGCCGCGACUGUUCAACCGCAGCAAGCCAGGGGAAUGGAGCUUGGUCUGGUGUGAGCUGUCGAUCGGUCGGGGCGAGCUGCUCGUGGCGCUGGACCCCAGCGGCCGCAGUCGCAUUGCGUUGAUUCCCGUCCAAGCGUGCGAACUCGCCCAUGUGCGGAGUGACGGACGCGAUUGUAUUGAGUUGACGAUCAGCCGGGGCAAAAAAGAAACGUUUUCGUCCCACGAGUCGAGUCACGAUGUCGAUUGGUGGAUGACGGCGUUGAUCACGGUGAAGAGGGACUUGCAGCGAGGCGUGACUCCUCAUAUUUCGCUGGUCACGCCACCAGCGUCAGGGCCUGCAUCAAGACCGAAACACAUGCGGCGUCCGUCGUCGCAAUUGAGUCUGAAUUUGAACUUGUCAGUCAAUGGAAGCACAUCGAGUGGAGUGGGACUAGCACGGCCGACAUUACGCCGUCGAAAACCGGCGCUGGCAACCUGCGAGACGCUGUUCGAACGCUUUACAAUCUACGAAACGCCAUCGAUGUACUUUGUAGUGUGCUCGGAUCGCCACUACUCACGUUUUCGGAUGAUUGAGCUCGACCGGACGAUCGAACAACCAAAAACUUUGGAGCAAGUGCUGAAGGAAGAUAAACGUCUGUAUGACUGGGAGCAGAUGGAAGCGAGGUUGCAAGCACUGGCCGAGCUUGCACGUAUUCAAGGCACUGGCAGUCUGGAGAGAGCGUUCACGGCCGUGGCGCUUGUCGGGUGCAUCCGCUUCUUGCGCGGCUACUACUUCAUCUUUGUCACACAAAGACGAAAGAUUGGCAACAUCGGAGGCAACUCGAUCUACGGCAUUUCAGCCACGCAACAACUGAAUGUCACUCGGUCUGGAGAAGACCAGACUGCGUGGACCCGACUCAACCGCUGGUUUAACCCGAGUCCAAAAGAGGAAGCAGAGGCGCGAUACCUUGGUCUUUUCCAUUUUCUGGAUCUCACUAAGGACUUUUACUUCAGCUACUCGUACGACGUUACGCACACAUUGCAGCACAACAUGACGACAGAACACUCGGAGCCAGCAGAAAUGUUUACGUGGAACUACUAUCUGACGCGGGAAUUGAGCAUUUGCUUGAAUGGAGGAGCUGCUGCUGAUCUGAUUAUACCGUUAGUCCUUGGCUGCUAUGAGCAGCGCAAAUGCUCGGUAUUCGGUCGUCUCGUUAGCAUCGUACUACUUGCUCGUCGAUCUCGCCACUUUGCCGGCACGCGCUACUUGAAACGUGGUGUAGCCGAUACCGGCAAAGUCGCGAAUGAUGUUGAGACGGAGCAGAUCAUUGAAGAUGAGAGUAUGGGCCCCGGAAAAUUCAGCUCAUUUGUACAGCAUCGUGGGUCGAUUCCUGUGUUUUGGUCACAAGAGACGUCUGCGACGCUACCAAAGCCACCCAUCGUGCUUAAUCGUGUCGAUCCAACAUACAACGCGACGCAAAAACACUUUGCCGACCUGUUCUCGAGAUAUGGUUCACCUGUCGUGGCUCUCAAUCUCGUGAAGCAGUCGGAAAAGAAGGAACGCGAAGUUAUCGUGGGCAACGAGUACAUGAACGCCGUAGAAUACCUCAACAGCUUCAUGCCGCCAAAACACCGCGUGCGAUAUGUAGCGUUGGAUUAUUCUCGUUUGUCUGGGCCUAAACAGAAAGGUCUGAACGUGCUGCAUUCACUGGAUAAGGUGGCGGUCUGGGCGCUCACGCAGACUGGAUUCUUCUGUAGUGCACCGAAGCGACAAAUUAGCCAGAACGGCAACAUGCGGACAGCUCAGGCGUUUUGCCCGAGCUCGCCUGCCGAGCCAUGGGACGCGUGUGUCACAGCAAGUAAAGUUCAAUCAAGAGGAGAAGCUGAUGAUGAAGAGCUUGUGGCUGACUCGCCCCUAUCUCCUACCAUUUCGAGAAACUCUGGAGAGUGGCUAGAGCAACGAGGCAUUCUCCGUACGAACUGCAUUGACUGCUUGGAUCGCACGAAUGUCAGCCAGUUCAGUGUUGGAAUGCGCGCACUAGGCCAGCAGCUGUAUGUGAUGGGAAUCAAGAACACGCCGCUCCUGGAAAGUCGUUCGCAGCUGGUUCUUGUCCUGAUGAAGCUGUAUUCGUUGAUGGGUGAUGCAAUCUCGAUGCAGUACGGUGGGUCGGAAGCUCACAAAAACGUGAAAAACAGCGCUACCCGGGAAAACGUCAAGCACCGCGAACUUCUUACAUCCAUUCGCCGCUACUACAGUAAUUCGUUUACAGACACAGCAAAGCAAGAUGCGAUCAAUAUUUUCCUCGGGCACUUUGUGCCUACAGAAGACUCGCCUCCGCUAUGGGAGCUAGAUUCCGACUACUACUUGCACAAUUUUGAGGUCCGAAAUGGCAUGGCUGCAUGCGAGAACGUCCGUCGCAACCUUGCUCUCCAUGCUGAAAAUAAAAGAAAAGCGUUUGGCGAACUGUACCGAAAACCCCCGAUGCAGCUAUCGUGCUGCUCAUCGUCGGAAGUUUUGGAAAAUGACAGCAACGACAGCGUCAGCGACGAACUUGUGCGCGAACGUGCUAUAGUUUCGGCGACUCGAGACCAGGCGAAGCGCGAUGUGUAUAUUCGCGAGUGUAGGCGAGUACUAGAUGACUGGUGGAAGGGGCCGUUGGAAGCAUUCGAGCAGCCAAAAUAUUGUCUGCCAUCGAUGGAGAAAUUGCCUUGUGUGCCUGACCUGGUUGAGCGAAGAGAGAGUAAACAAGAACUUAGCAAAGGCUUCGAUGAGUCGCUACAAACAUUGGUAGAUCACGAAAACACAUCACCCCGGUCUCCGUAUUCUGACGACUUUCUGCAUAUGUACCAUCCGGAAGAACUGACAACCUUUGACAAAGUGCUGGGGUACAAGUUCAUGCUUCCAAUGGAGAUUUCCGACGAGAUCAACGAAAGAGAAAAGCGGCGAUCUGACAAUGCUUUUGUAGCACAUUUGACAUCGGCUCCAUCGUCGUCGUCUAUAUCCGGCUUAGCACGCGGCGAUGAAGAAAGCGUCUCCGAUUAUGAGCAGGCGGCUCGACAAGGGCAAACGAUGAAGGGCACUCGAUCAUUUCGUAGCAUGAGCGCUCCUGACGUUGGAGAAGAUGUGAGGAACCGAUCGCAGUCCAAUCGAAAAGCGCGCAGUAGUGGGCGUGAGGAGAAGCAUGUCAGUUCAGACGAGCACACAAGUGCGAGUGGCUCUGGAUCCCAUCGUGCUUCCCGUUCUGCGUUAGCGGACGCCAUAAACAAGUGCGGGGGUCACGGGUCUGCAACUCUGAAGUCUAUGGUGAAACACAAAGACGAGCAGAUCAGCAUCGAAGACUACGUGCUAAGCAGGGGGCGUCGGAUGUUUGUCGGCAACUGCUCUGCACCUGCACCAGACCCUAUAUAUCAACAGUACGUGCUUGGAAAGGAGUCCCCGCAGAUAUGGGAAAAUGACAACGACGGUGUCAAGCUGUACUUCGAGGCGUACAUGCGAGACAAUCGCAUCAGCCCUGACGACGCGCGCGGCCUUCGUGAAGCACAGACUCGAGCUGGCGCGACCUUCACGCUCCAAACUGGUCCAUAUUCGGGACUAGAGCAGCAUGUGAAGGCACGAGUCUUGGUUGCGAAGAAGCUCAAGACCGACUUUGAAGAUCGAAAAAUGUUUGAAGAGUCUUUGGAUCUCAAGAAACUCGUGAAGACCGGUGAAGCGUCAGUACCUGUGGAGAGCCUGGAGUUGUACAAGACUUUUUUUGAUGAAGAGCUGCCGACGGUGGAGAUUUACCGACCUACAAAAGAAGCGACACCACCAGUAUCGAUGCUACGAAUGGCAGAUAAUUCGACACCGCCAGUGACAUCGGCGACAGCUCUCUCUUCCAAACUGGAUUCGCGUAUUGAGCAGUUAUCGCUGGACAAGAGGAGCCGUACUCGAUUCAGUGGCGGAGAGCUGAUCCCGGUGGGUCCUCUGUUCAAGAUGGAUGGCGGCAAAGACCGUGACUUUAUCGUUUUCAAUGAAGCGGCAGCAGAAAAUUCGUUCGGCGAGGUGACGCAAAACGAAACGGAGUUGUCGUUCUACUCGAAGUGA